AUGUUAUGGAAUAUUCUAUUAUUGGCAUUGUCGUGGAGUCUCGGUCAAGGUAUUUUUUUCAUUCAAAUAAGUAUAACUACUCUAGCAGCUACAAGUUUUACCAACUGGUAUCUGGCAACAAUUCCUAUUGGUUCUAUGCUCUUUGUUGCUACUAUUUGGUCUGUAUUUUUACCACGAGUUAUUGCUCGUUACGGCUAUCGACCUCCAUUCUAUUUCGGUGCUCUGAUGGGUAUGAUUGGAGCUGGACUUUGUAUUGUAGCAGCAUGGUUUAAACUCUAUUGGUUACUAGUAGUGAGUGCUACAUUUAUUGGUGGACAAGUACCAUGUACAUUCUACUAUCGUCUGGCAGGAUUACAAUUUUCAACACAAGAAUUUGCUUCAAAAGCCAUUGCGAUGGUCACUGCUGGCGGUUGUCUGUCCGCUUUUAUUGGGCCAGAAAUAGCCAAACUUAUGAUCAAUGUACUUCCAAAGCAAUACAGUGGUGCUUAUUUAGCAGCAUUGGGUGAAUGUGCGGCACUGUUAUUCACCAUGAGAAUAAUCCAAUUUCCCAAUGUUAAGAAAAAGCACAAUGCAAUAGAAUCGACCUCGUUACCUACAACCAUGGACAGAAAUCUUCGUUCAAGUGGCCGGUCAAUCUUUACGAUAGUUAGCCAACGAACAUUUGUGAUUGCUGCUCUUGGUGGUUUUGUUUCAUGGUCAGCGAUGGGUAUUCAAAUGUCGGCUGCAGCGCUGGCAAUGAUUGGUUCUGGACAUACUUUUCCUCAAGUGAUAACAGCUGUUGAGUACCAUAUAUUAGGAAUGUUUGUACCGCCAUUUUUUACUGGAACUCUAUGUAACUGGUUUGGAAGCCGACUGGUUAUGCUCACUGGACUUUUGAUCCAAUUUGUGGGUACAUUUCUGUUUCAAUGUGGUUUUGAAAUUAUCUAUUUUGAUAUGGGUUUGGUUGUUGUUGGCAUUGGAUGGAAUUUAGGCUAUGUCGGAUCAUCAAUUCUAUUCACAAAAUCAUACUCUCCAGAAGAAAAAACAAAAACUCAUUCGCUGUAUGAAGCCAUAUUGAUGUUUAGCAUAUCGAUAUCAUUUUUCUCAUCGGCAUUUGCAGAACAAUUUCUAGGAUGGAAGACUUUAACUGGAAUGUUAAUUCGCAUCUACCUGGCUGCAGCUGUGCUCAUAGUGGUUGUAGAUACGGCAUUCGUAUUUUAUAAGACUAAAGAUUUACGAAUAGAAAUAACAGAUAACAACAAACAAGUAAAAACUCUAGAAUUAAAUAUACAAGCUGGCUCAGAGUUACAUGUUAGAUAA